AUGCUUUGUCUCGGCAAACGACCGGGUAUCGCUCAGCAGUUCAAAAUCACCACCACCACCAUGUCUCACCCACAGCCUUUGAGCUAUUCAGCGGCAUUGGGCCAAGGCGCCUCCUCUUCGCAGCCGAACACGGCUUCUCGCAAAGAAGUUCAACCUUCUGCACCUGUCAGCCGCCAACCCGAGCCAGUACGCCCCGCAAAGCGUUCGCCAUCGCCCUCUCAUGUGCCUCGAACUAGCGCGACAGAAGACGAUGUAUUUGUCUUGACACUCCUGACCGACCGCGCACAUCACGACCGUAUGACUGCGCUGAGAAAGAAAUACUUCCCUUCAAAGAUCAACAAGCUUGCCGCACACUUGACUCUGUUUCACGCAUUGCCGGGAAGUAAGCUGGAAAGUAGCAUUUUGCCUACCAUUAAAGAGCUUGCCGGUCAGACUGCCCCGUUCCAUGUCCGAGCAGAGUCUCCUUUUCGCAUGAAAAAGGGCUUUGCAGUCUCGAUAUCUGAGGGUGGCAAGCAGGGUGGUGAAAUACACAGAGCACUGCAGGGCCCAUGGAAAGCCGAAGGGUUCCUCAGCGACCAGGACGCUGGUGGUGCACGACUCCACUACACUUUGAUGAACAAGGUGGAUGAUGAAAACGCCGUCUCGAGUGCAUAUCAAGAGCUGGUCGAGAAUUGGCGUGGUGAUGGAGGCAUGGUGGAGGGUCUCGCUCUUUGGAGAUACGAGCGAGGGUAUUGGAAAUGGGUGAGGAAGUUCGACUUCGAUCAUGCAUGA